AUGGCAAAGAACUCCCACAAAUCAAAAGGAAAUACUAAACGUACUUUCCAAAAGAAAAAUACAACAAAAUUAAGUGUUACUGGAUUUACUGGUACAUCUCAACAACUUGUAAAUUGGUUAAGUCGGGCAGGUCAAAAUAUUAAAAAGAAUAUAUUUGUAAAUGGAAAUAAUGGUACUUUUACUGUUUCAGUUUCACUUCCAAAUCUUGUUGAACAAAUAUUAAGAUUAAAUGGUGAUAACUAUGACAACUCAAUUGUCUCUAUUUGUGAAAUGCAACAACAACCACAAGCAACAUCGCUUCAAUCUGUAGUUAAAGAACUUAUUUCAAGAUGUUAUACUGCAGGAGACUUCUCAAUUAAUUUGGAUAAUCUUCAACAAAAAUUACAAGCACUUGGGUAUCAACGUAAUUUUGAUAACGUUGCUUUAAACAAAAUUUUUGAAUUAAUUGCCCUUUCAAAACCAGCACUAAAAGCAGUUCAUUAUUGUAAUAACAAUUUAACUUCAUUAGUUUCAUUUAAAAAUCUUGGUAGAUUAUUUCCUUCAUUAAUGGGUCUCGACUUAACAAAUAAUUCAAUUAGACAAGUAGAUCAAUUAGACCAUAUUAAAGAUUUACCACUUGAAGUUUUAACAUUGUUGAACAAUCCAAUUACUCAAGACCCAAAUUAUCUUUUUUAUGCUGUACUUAAAGAAUAUAUUUCCCACCUCUUUAGCCAAAUUAGAACAUAUUUUAAAAAAAUGCGUCUUUUAGAUCAAAAGCCAUUAGGAACUGCAUUCCAAUUUCCUAUCAGUAUUAAUAAUAAUCUCCCAAGUAUUGAAAUUGGAUAUUUUGCUUCAUUUGACAUUUAUUCUUAUGCAAAUGGAUUCUUAACUCAAUACUUUGAAUUACUCGAUAAGAAUCCUGGUGAUCUUAUUCGUUUUUAUAACCCUUCUUCAAUAUUUUCAUUGACAUUAUCUGAUGGUGUAGCUACAUUCCUUUCUACUUCAAAUAGAAAUCAUGCAAACCAAUUUGCUCAAAAUGAAUAUGUAUCAAGAUUAUAUAUUGGUCCUAAAAUUGCUCCAUUAUUUGUUAAUAAAUUUGAACACUGUACACAUAAAAUGAAUAACAUUGCAUUUGAUGUUUGCCAAAUACAAAUUCCACCACUCUUUCCAACUGUAUUAAAUAUUACUGCUUUUGGAAAAUGUGAAUUGAACUCAAGAGAAAUGAAUUUCUAUAGAACGUUCAUUCUUACUCCAGAUAAUAUUAUUAUUAAUGAACACCUUCAUCUCUUUAAAGGAGAUAUUCCUUUUGUUGUUGUUCAACAAACAAAGGAUGCUAUUGAUGCAAUUAAUAAUGUUAGUAAUCUUACUAAAUUAUCAGUAGCUGAGGUGUUACCAUUCCUUAAAUCUACAAAUUAUGAUUCUAGAAUGGCAGUAGUAAGAAUGACACUCAUCUUAAAAGUCAUGGGUUCUAAUUUCACUAAAGAACAAGCAGGUUUUAUUUGUGAAAAGUUACAAUGGAAUGAACAAUAUAUUGGUCAAGGUAUAAGUCAAUAUGGCUCAGAAUUAUUUAACAAAUUACAACAAAUUUAA